AUGUGGAUGCUCGUCUUUUUGAGUGCCUUGCUGGGGGCGUUGGGGUCACAGGAAACGGCCUCAGGAGCAGCUCAGCAGCUUCAGGCCCUUCACUGCCCGCCCUGCGAGCAGAUCCACUGCUCCACCCGGCGGGCGCUCAAGCUCCAGUGUAAAGGAGGCGUCACCACAGGUGUGUGUGGCUGCUGCCCCGUCUGUGCCAGAGCAGAGGGGGAGACCUGCGGAGGGACGUGGGACUACCUGGGCAAGUGCGAUGAGGGACUGGUGUGUGUUUACCAGGACUCGGCUGACAAAGCAGACACAGAGCGUAAAGGGAUCUGUAAAGCAGUGAUUGAGUCGUUGGAUCCAGAGAGCUGUCACCCAGAGUGCACCAGGGAAUAUUGCCAGGCUAACCCCUCUGGAAUCUGCUCUGCCAGGUUUGUGUCUCUGGAGAAGACGGCGUGCCAGGGCUCCUGCCAACACACCUCCUGUUCAAGCUGUCUGCUGCUGAAACCCCCAUCAUGCCCUCAGACCUGCGCCCCCUCUGAUACCUCCUGUCUGCAACACUUUGGGAAGUGUGUGCACAACCACCUGACAGCCAAUCGCAACGCUGUGUGCCACAACAACCUGCAGAAUAGUCCUGAGGGGCAUUUUCUGUGUUUGGUCCCAGCCUGUCCGAACACAACCAAGUAAAGAGACGAGAGGACAUCUUCACUAGCUCAUGUAGCAAAAUAGAAAAAGGCAGCUAUCUAUAAACUUUGUAUAUAUUGACAUUUCUAUAUCCAAC